AUGUCAAAUGUCUUGGAGAUUUUAAUUUUUGCCUCGGAGAAAGCGGCGCGGAUAGCUCGGUCUUGUGCCAGUAAUAACAACUCGAUUUUAAUAGCUGAGAAAAGCAAUGAUGCUAAUCCCCGAUUUGAUAAAGAUUUCAAAACUAUUGCUGAUGUAUUAGCCCAAGAAGCGGCCAAAUCAUUGAUAGUGUCAUAUAUACCUGAGCUUAAGGAUUAUGUACGGGGUGAAGAAUGCUCAGACAUAGGUGGUGUGACAAUUUCCUUGAAAGAAACCUUACAAGGAACAAUUGAUUUACUUAAAAUAAUUUUACCUGAAGAGACAGCUAAAUGUAUGGCUGAAGCAGCUCACAGUGAUAUAGAAAAUAUGGAAUGUGGAACUACUCCUAAUCUUGGACCAAUUGACUAUUCAGAUUUAGGAGUCUGGAUUGAUCCAAUUGAUGGUACAGCAGAGUUUAUUGCUGGAGUCCGUGGAGAAGCUAAACCCGGUCAUGGUCUUCAGUGUGUCACAGUUCUUAUAGGGGCAUAUAAAAGAUCUACUGGAGAGCCUGUUGUUGGUGUAAUUAAUCAGCCAUUUUACAAUGGUGGCUCAGGAAGGGUUAUUUGGGGCAUAAAUUAUGGUGACAUUAAAUUAUGUUCUCACGAAAAAAGUACUUCUUCACCAAGAAAAAUAAUUUUAAUGAGUAGUGCUGAAAACGAAAAUGUAAUAAACAAGUUUCAGGAUUUAGGUUGGGAAAUACAAUCUGUACCAGGAGCAGGUCAUAAGCUGCUCAAACUUGCUUUAGGUGAAGCCACAGCAUACAUUGUUUCAAAAGGAACAACAUUCAGAUGGGACACAUGUGGACCACAUAGCAUUUUAUCAUCAUUGGGAGGUGACAUAAUAAACUUCACAGAUUUUUCUCUUGUAAAAUAUAAUGAUCCUGAUAAUUUGGAUACCCAAAUGUACUGCAAUAAGCAUGGAAUUAUAGCAUUUUUAAAUCAACAUGUAUUUGAAGAAAUACAACAAGUUUUAAAAGAAUUUGUCUAA